UUGAGAAGCUCCGUUAGAUUUUCAGAAGAAGGGGGAUCCGACCAAAAGAAAAGAAAAAAACGCAGUGGAGCUAACGGUGUCUAAAAGUGAAUCCCUUCUUCUCGUGUUGUCCCCUCACAUGAGAGCCGCGAACAGGGACGCGUGUGUUAGCCUUUGUCCUGAGUAUUUUUGUUCCUUCCUAGACUGAGAGGACUUACACCAUCAGAGGCGAUGAGAUGUGAGUGAGCUAUGCCUUGUGGAAAUGGACAGACUUUAACCAAGCGAAAACAUGGCGUCUGCGUCCCGAGGUUUAGCUUCUUUUCCAGUCUGCUUGUGGCGCUCUGCUGCUUGGGGGCAUGGGGCUCCGGGCCUCCAGGGGACGGCGGCAGGAGCUGCAGCCCCUGUCCCGUCAACUGCAGCUGCACGUCGGCGGGGCCCCAGCCGUCCUGCGUCGUCAACUGCUCCAACCUCGGGCUGGAGAGGGCCCCAGCAGCGGCUGACAUCCCGCUGGCCACCACCGUGCUAGACCUUUCCAGGAACCACAUCUCCUCCCUUGAUACCAGCCUGCUAGAUCGUCUCACUGGCCUCCGAGAGCUGUAUCUCCAAGGGAACAGGAUCAAUGUUCUCCCGAGGGGAGUAUUCUGCUGCGGACCGCUGUCAAUCCUCGAUUUGAGCAACAAUGUCAUCACCACCAUAGAAGAAAGAAUAUGUGACAAUCUUUGCAAUUUAACUCAAAUUGACCUGAGCAGUAACCCCUUUGAUUGUGACUGUAAGCUGUUUCGGCUGGUCAGCUGGCUCCAGGAGAAAGGGGUGCGGGUUCGACGCCCGGACGCAAUGCUCUGCAACCAUCCUCCUGAGCUGCGGCACCAACCCCUGUUAAACGUCAGCCUGCUCACCUGUGGUCUGAACUAUGCAGCUUGUCUUGAGGACAGCAGCAGUGGAGGAGGGGGACGGAGCGAGCUUGUUAUCUUCUCUUCAUCCACACCCGGAAACUUCACACGUGAACAGUGUAACAGUGUGUGUUUUGCUGCAUCCCACCGCUACGGGGGCUUGGGGGCGAGGCAUGAGUGCCUCUGCAGCACAAACUCGGAGCCGAACUUCAUCAGCGAGUCUCAGUGUUCUGCUGCCUGUACAAACCCCCACGUAAUGAAGGAAUGCGGGUGGACUCUGGCUCAUGAUGUGUUUGCGGUGGACUUCACCGUCUCACUGAAGUCUCUCCCACUGCAAAGUGUGCACGACCGCAUCAGUUUCUUCGCUGCGUCCUCCGUCACUCCAGUGACGCUGUCCUGGGACUUUGGUGACCAUUCUUCUCGUAUGGAAACAUCAGGGACAGGGGGCACAGCAGCAACUCACAAAUACGGACUUCCAGGACAAUAUGUGAUCAGUUUGACGGCCUCGGCUGGACACAAGGAGGUCUCUGCACGUGGAGAAGUAACCGUGACACUUCCUCCCAAGCUAGAGCUGCACUGUCCUCCUCUGGCUGUGGCCAAUAAGAGCCUAGAGUUCACACUUGUCAGUUGGGGGGCUGUCGGCGUGGAUGUGGACUGGAAGAUUUCCAAAGAUGGUGUCCAAGUUGCCAAAGCCUCCCCUCACUGCCCAAAGGAUGGGAGUUACCACGCUGAACCCUCUCGCUGUUUCCAGAUCGUUCCAGGGGAGUUGAGCUGGACAGAUGCUCGACAGCAGUGUUCAGAACGUGGCGGGGAUCUGGCCUCAGUCCGAUCCAAUGCGCUGCGUACCCUGCUGUCGCCCAAAGUCCCACAGGAGCGAGGUGCAGGUCUGGAUGUCGACUCUCCAGCGAAGUUGCGCUGGGUUAACAGCUCCGAGGCCCAGGAGGGGUCCCACGAUCAACGUGCUCAGACUAGUUCACACCAAUUCAAUGCCAAGGGGGCUUAUGUUUGCCAGUAUAGCCCACAAGUGCGUGUUCCAGAUGCAGGGAUUUACGCUUUGGGUCUGGCUGUGUUUCCCUCCCACGAUCCCUUGCACCAUGCCCUGCCCUCUCCGCUCUCGGCACCACAACCUCCCACAGGUGGCAUAGAGGUGCUGUUGUUCCCGACUCUGAGCUUUGUUCAAGCAGGACGUCUGUCCUCCCUGGAGUUUCUCACUCAGCAGCUGGGCUCACAAAUCCAAGUCCGAUUCCAGAUCUACAGACCUCACUGUCAUUACCCCGGCCUGCACCUGCUGCUACCCGGCUGUGGAGGUCCGGCGUGUUCCCCAGUGGCCAUCUGCGUUCCCAAUGAUACGAGGGUUGACGAUUCUCCCCCCUGCCCCCGAUUAGAGCAGUGGUGCCCCUUCCAGCGGCGCUGCCUGCCCCUAGCCAGUCCCUGCCCGUCUUCCUUGUGUCUGAACUGUACCGCGGCUCACCACCUGCCCCCUGGGGCGCUGAGGCCCAGAUACACCCUGCAGAAUGAGGUGGUCUUCAACCUACCGGCAGGACCAGCUGCACACGUUCAGGUUCAAGAGCAGCUGGAGGACCUCUUGGUUUCCCGUGGUGACGUCAUCGCCCUGCAGCACGACGCUGGCCCCGCAUCCCUUCUCCGCUGCCAAUCAUCCCCCCUCUCACUGUGGCAGCAUCCUGUCUUAGCCCUCAACCAAUCAGAGUGGUUCUGGAUCAACAACACCGGACGGUCAACAGGCACCUCAGCCGACGGAGACCCUCUGCCGGACCCAGAGCUGGAUCUGAGGGCGCUGGUGGAGGACGGAGAGGGAGGCUGGUUGGAGGAGGUUGUUUGCCCCGUAAGAGUGCUCUCUGUGGGGCACAGUGAGACACAGCUGUCUGCAAGUCUCCCUCAGCCCGGACUUUACAACCUGCUGGUGACUUCCGUUGAGCCGUCAUACUCGGCAUCAUGCCCGUUGCGUGUGGUGCCUCCUCUGGGCUUGACGAUCCUCCACCCCCCUCCCCAGAAUGGCACACUCUACCUGAAGCCCAACGACACCCGGCUGCUGCUCCGUGUCCGGUCCAGCUACCUAACAAAGGCCUUUCGGCGCAACAGUAAUCGCAGCGUGACUUUCCAGCCCGAUUGUCCCAAAGAGUUUUCCUCUAACGCUGCGCUCUGUCGUCCCGAGCCUGGCUCAGAGUCUGGGGGGGAGGUCGCAGAGCCCAGCCUGUACGCAGUGCUUGAUCUGAGCCUGGGGAUAUAUGAGCAGCACAGUACAGUGCAGGUGGAGCUAGAAGCCCAAAAUAAUGUAACGGAGGCCAGCCUGUCUGUAGUCAUCCACCUGGAGGAGCCCCUGAGAGGACUGAUGGUGCAGCCGGACCCUGAACACAGAGUGCUGAUGGAGUCAGUCGUGAGCUACACAGCAUCAGUGCUUGAAGGCUCCAAUCCCACAUUCAAAUGGACAGUGGAUGACAAGCCGUACUUCACCUACUACAACACUGUGCUCAAUGUCAUCUACCAGCACGCCGCCAUCUACAAGCUCACAGUGACGGCCUUGAACCAUGUCAGCUCCCUCACAGAGCAUUUUAACGUGACCGUGGACCGGCUGCAGCCCAUGGCCAACCUCACAGUGAAGGGAGUGCCCGACGUGGUCCCUCAGGGCUCCACCCAGACUCUCACUACCUCUGUGCUCGUCGACAUGUCUGUGGCCGCCACCUUCCGAUGGUCUUUUGGUGAUGGAGGAUAUGAGGAAUUUGAAUAUAAGCCUCCCUACGCCACCUCCCUUCGCUGUCCAGACUCUCAGGUCCUUCUAAGCAACAACGUUACCUAUAUUUACUCUCAACCAGGGAUAUACACAGCGCUGGUAUCAGUGUCCAACCGAUAUGAGAACAUCAGUCAGAGCAUCAACAUGAGCGUCUACAGCAUCCUCACUCGUGUCGAUAUACAAACGGAGCCACAACUCCUCCUCACUGACAAAUCAGCCGAUUUCGAGGCUCACCCUCUGCCCUCGCCCUAUGGCAUUCACUACGACUGGCGUUUUGGAGACUCUUCGGCCCCGAUGCAAGGUCGCCGCGUGGCACACACCUACGCUAAGAGCGGCGUCUUUAAUGUCUGCGUAUCGGUAAACAACACCAUCAGUUCUAUGGAGGCUUGUGCCAAGGUGUUUGUGUACGAGGAGAUUGAUGAUUUGACGGCUAAGAGCUCCUCUCCUACAGAGCUUCACAGUCCCACCGCAGUACAGGCACGUCUCGGGUCUGGUAAUAACAUCACAUGGACGUUCUCCAUGGGAGACGGGGAAAUCUACACGACAUCGACACCUCACGUGUCACACAAAUACAUCAAAGAGGGCAACUACACAGUAAAUGUGACGGCUGCCAACGCUGUGAGCUCUGGCUGGACGCUAGAAGCAGUGCAGGUGUUUGUCUUCCAGGUUGUGAGGAUGGAGCCGUCAGGGUGUGUCCAAGAGCGGACCCUGGUUAACUUUCAGGCCUGGGUGUCUGGUAACGCAUCAACUCAUCUUUAUGAAUGGAGCUUUGGGGACGGGAGCCCAAACGAGACUCACCAGGGCAACCCCGCGGUCUCCCACACCUACUGGACGAGUGGGAAGUACCGCCUCUUUCUGCAUCUUUCCAGCGGGGUAAACAAGGCCACCAAGGCCAACUUCUUCAACUGGGUGUGUGUGCAGCCAGCUCUUACCAACAUCAGCCUCAGUCUUGAGAAAUCCCACUACGCUGUUGGGGAGAAAAUCUCGUUUCAGGCCAGAGCCGAGCCAGAAUCUAACUACAGCUACCAGUGGGAUUUUGGUAAAGGGGAAGAGCUCAUGCCCAUCAUGAAUUCUGGGAAUACUGUGCAUAUGUAUAAACACCCAGGGCAUUACAAUGUGUCAGUGGUUGUCUUCAAUAACAUCUCCGCCAGUAACACCAGUGUUGUGAUUGAGGUUCUGAUGCCCGUGGGUCCGGUUGUUAUUCAACAUAAUGGAACAAAGACCAAUAACUUAACACUUAAAGCACCUUACGCUUUCACAACCUCUUCCAUGGCUUCCAAUGUCACUUACGUCUGGAACUUUGGGGACGGAAAUGUGCUAACAGGCCAGAAUAUCCUCUACACGUUCAACAUCUCAGCAAACUACAAUAUCUCACUGACAGCGGCCAACACAGUUAGCAGGAAUCGCACUAUCUUACCUGUCUCUGUGCUCACGCCAAUCCGCGGGUUGACCGUCAAUGCCAGUUUGGUAAAUGUCCCUCUCAAUGCCUCCGUCCACUUCGAGGCCCAAAAGGAGGAAGGAGAUGAUGUCCGCUUCUCUUGGAUCUUGUGUGACCGCUGCACUCCAAUCCCAGGCACACACACCAUGUUCUACACCUUCCGCUCCGUGGCCACAUUCAACAUCAUCGUGACAGCGGAGAACGACGUAGGAACGGCACAAGCGAGCAUCUUCCUGUACGUCCAACGCGAGCUGGAAGGCCUGCAGAUAUUAACAGAGGAGGAGACAGGAGAAGCAGGAUUGGAGGGGGGCUACUUCGCCACCAAUCGCAUUCUCCACCUUCACGCAGGAUUAAAGGAAGGAACCAACAUGACGUUCACUUGGAAUAUUAUUAAAGACCUAGAACCCCUCGUCUCUAGCUUCAAUAUUAGCGGUAAGGCGGUGGAGGUGAAUUUCUCUACACCCGGCCCGUGUCACAUCUAUCUCAGAGCAGCCAACCUGCUGGGCCAGCUGUCCGUCAACAGAACCAUCCAAUUCCAGGAGCCAGUGGGAGGGGUGGAGCUGCAGAUCAGCAAAAACCCAGUUGCAGUCAAUACUCAAAGUAACCUGACAGUUCUGAGUGCUGGAGGCACGGACCUGCAGUACCGCUGGUUUGUGAAUGGGGAGCCUUUGAAGUGGAAAUCGCACUGGAAGACCCACUUUUUCAACACUCCUGGCCUGAAGCUGGUUACCGUGGAGGUCUACAAUGAAGUUAGCUUUGAGGUUGAGUCAAAGAAUGUCAGUGUCCAGGAAGUCAUCUCUGGGCUGGGAUUCACAGUAACCAAUGUGACACAGCAGAGUUUCGUAGCGACUGGCGCCAGUGUGGCGCUCAAGGGCAAGGUACUGACGGGGACCAAUGUGACGUGGACAUGGCUGUUGAAAGGAAAAACAGAAACAGGAAGGAACACUUCUGUGAUUUUCCAGGAGGCAAAAACAGCCACCGUUACUCUGAAUGCAACCAACGACGUGAGCAUGGAAGUGAUUUCCAGAGAUUUCUUUGUUCAGGAUAAGAUUCAGGGGUUGGAGCUGAGGGCAAGUAAAACCAUCGCAGCUCUCAAUGAGAAGGUGGAGUUCACAUUCUCUAUGGCAGCAGGUUCAGACGUUCAGCUCAUCCUCAGCAUCAGCGGAGAUACAACUCGUCACCCUCAACUCAGCCAAACCUACGUCCACACAUUCACCAGGGUGGAUACGUACAUGGUGAAUCUCACUGGGCACAACCAGGUGAGUUCUAAGAGGAUGCACCUCCAGGUCGAGGUGAUGCAGCCGGUGAGCGGACUUUCUAUCCAGGGGAUCGCUACAGCAAUCCCAGUAGGCGAUACGAAAAUGUUUACCGCCAACAUCCUAACAGGCAAUCCUGUAUCUUUCCUGUGGACUUUUGAUCUGCACCGCCUCCACAAGGUGUCGUGUAUUGGAAAAGAGGUGUCCUACACGCCAGAAGAACCAGGUUUAUUGACCAUCUACCUGAUUGCCUUAAACGCACUGCAUAAACAGAACAUCACCAAGGAAAUCCUGGUGCAGAACCUGCUGAAAAAGGCCGUCCUACACGCAGCGCCCAUCGACACUUUCAUCAACAAGAUGGUGAAGCUGAACGCCAUUGUCACACCCAGAUCUAAUGAUGUGGAAUGCUUAUGGGACUUUGGCGACGGCUCGUCUCAAGUUCACACAAACAAAACUACUGCAGGUUACAAGUACAGACAUCCCGGGCACUACCUGGUGCAAGUCAAAUGCAGUAACCUGGUGAGCUGGGUGCCGGCUACGGUGGAGGUAAACAUCAGCGUGUUAGAAUGCGAGGAGCCAGAGGUGCAGGUGGUUCAAGCUCCCCGCCUGGCAAUCUGGCGCUACCAGUCCACUUUGGUGGAAGCCAGUGUGAACCUGAAAGGCUGUGUACGCUAUGGAGCGCAGUACCUCUGGCAGAUACUCUCCACCCCCUCCUGUGAUAAUGAUAACGACCAGAUUCCUUUUCAGUCUUCGCUUGUGCCAGUAAUUCGCCUGCCGAUGGAGGUGGAUGUGAGGAGGCUGCAGCUGUCGUUGCCUAAGAUGACACUGGCAGCAGGGAACUACACCUUGGUGUUUUCUAUGUCCUACGAGGGCGUGCCGCUAAGGAAGGCCGCCUGUCUGCAGAUCAGUGUCAUGGCUGCCCGGCUGAUGCCCAUCAUAGAGGGGGGCACCUAUAGGGUGUGGUCCAGGACGCAGGACCUGAGGCUCAGUGCGGAGCAGUCCUACGAUCCCAACAUGGACCCAAAGAACCAGUCAAGACUCAACUACAACUGGGAGUGUCAAAGCACUUCGAAGGGCACGCAGCACUGCUCCAGUCUGACCUUCGGCCUGGGCACCAACGGCCCGGUGCUGGGAAUUUCCGGCUCGGAGCUGGAGGCGGGCGUCGAAUACACCUUCAGACUGACCAUCUGCAAAGACUGCAUGGCACCAGAGUCCACCACACAGACUGUGCUUGUCCAGAGUGGCCAUAUCCCCAUGGUGUCCUUGGAGUGCGUUUCUUGUAAGGCCCAGUCCAUCUACGAGGUCAGCCCAAACUCGUACGUCUACCUCAGAGGAACCUGCACCAACUGCCAAGGCGUUUACCAUGGGCGCUGGAGUGCCAUGACGCUGCAGAACGAGACUCUUGUCCUGGACUCCUCCUCCACCACCACAGGAAGUGACGGCAUGAAUCUGGUGCUGCGGCAGGGCGUCCUGCAACUUUGCUCCUACAACUUCACCCUGCACGUGACCGACAGCAGUUUAGACGGAGAGGGCGCCGCGUCCAUCACUCUGCACCACAACAAUCCCCCGGGUGGUGGGGAGUGUCGCCUGAGCGGGGGAGGGGAAGAUGGUGUGGCGUACGGGGACGAAGACAGCGCAGGCUGGACGAUACGCACGCUGUUGGACCGAGUUCACUUCAGCUGCUCAGGUUACAGUGAUCUCGGGGUCUCAGAGACUCCACUGCUCUACAGUUUACUGGUGACGCGCUGCAGAGAGGAUUACUGCGAGGACUUCUGCGUGUACAAAGGCAGCAGCCCUGAGCACUCGGCCUUCCUGCCCCCAGGAUUCGGCUCAGCCCGCCACCAUGUGAAUGUAUCCAUCACAGUGGAGGACCACCAGGGAGCUGCCAUCAUUGCACUCAACAAGUCCAUCGAAGUCGUGUUGCCAGACCCGCCCUCUGACUACAAAAGCCUUCCCCAUUGGCUAUAUGAGCUGUCAGACAUCAGACUCAAAAAGCUGUUGGAGCAGGGAGACUCCCAGAGAGUCCGAGAGUUAUCAUUGGCUCUUAUCACAGUUCUGAAUGAGUAUGAGCAGUCCAGGGAGGGGGUGCGGGUUUCCCCCGCCGAGCGCGGUUACCGAGUCAGAGUCCGCAGCAACAUCACCAGAGCGCUGACGUCUCUCGACCUGACCACCGUAAACGACAUCCAGCAGACUUCCGCUGCUCUGGCCCAGUGCACGGCGGUGAGUCGGGAGUUCAUUUGCGAGGAGUGUCAGAACAGCACUCUGAACAAGUUGGAGUCCAUGCUUGAGAUCCUGCAAACUGACACCAAGCAGGGCACCGUCACUCCCACUGAGAUAGCCGACAACAUUCUGAACAUCAUGGGUGAUCUGAUCCAUCAGGUCGGCCAGUCAACAUCACAGUCUUACCUCCAGCCUGCCUACCUGGAUUCCCCCUCAACCCCCUCCAGCUCCCCCUUCCACUCCUCCUCUGAGGAGCAGAAUGGCCCUCCGUUGGAAACCUCCCCCUCCUCAGUGGAGCAGCACCCUCUGCGAGUGGCGGCCAAGGCUUACAGCCUGUCCUCGGUCCUCAUGCGGAUUCUCAUGCACGCCCGCGUGCUCAACGAGGAGCCGCUCGUGCUGAGGGGAGCAGAGAUCAUUGCCACCGGAAAACUGGCGGACCCCCAGAGUCUGCUCUGCUACCAUGGCAACAACUUUCCAGAGUGCCAGCGCUUCUCCAUCCCCAGAGCGUUCAACUACAGUCUGCGCCGAGCUGCUGCAGGAAACGGCAUAAUGCAGCUUCUGUUUCAGGUGGAUUCCAACCCCUUCCCCUUCAACUACGUGGCGAACUACACCGUCUCCACCGAGGUGGCAUCCAUGGAGUUCCGCACUGAAAAUGGAACCCAGAUUCCCAUCUCAGGACUGGACGAUAGCCUGGCCAUCACCGUCGCUGUUAACAACGGGAGCAGCGGAGCAGAAUCGGGUCCCGAGGGCUCUGGUGGCGGAGGGGUCCUACCCACAGCUGCGGCUGUUAACAUCAGCCACUGCGACUCCGUCAUCGUCAGGGUCAGCACGGGAAACACCAACCGACAGGCGGGGCUGUUUGUUCAGCUCAACUUCACCUCUCAGGAGGAUGCAAGAGAGAGGUAUAGAAGAGAAGAGAACGCGAAGGAGCCGUACAUCACAGCCUACCUUCAUUCACACGAGAGACCCAACCAGUUGAACUGCACGGACAGCAAACGCAUCACACUCAGCAUGACCAGGGGGCCCGAUCUGGACCACAGGAAGUACACCUUCUUCCUGUCGCCUGAGUCGUACGACACCACUCUCGAUUAUUUUAUCAACGUGAGCAUGGCCUGCAGCAACGGCCUGCAGCCUGAGGGUGUUCGCCUGGAGGUCGGGGUGUUUGCCUCCCUUUGUCAGUACUUCAGUGAGAGCGAGAAGCAGUGGCGGACAGAUGGCAUGGUGCCUCUGGCAGAGACCACUGCCAGCAGAGCAGUUUGUCGCACCAGGCACCUCACAGCCUUCGCCGCAGGCCUGUUUGUCCCGGCCAACGCCAUCAGCUUUCAAGUGCCAGAGCGUUCUGGUGCAGCAAGCCUGGUGGUGCUGAUGGUGUGUGUGCUGGGCAUACUGAGCUAUGUUGUGGCAGCAGCCAUCUUGCACAAGUUGGACCAGCUGGACCUACGGCGGGCUGCUGUGGUUCCUCUCUGCGGCCAAGACGGACUCUUCAAGUACGAGAUCCAGGUCAAGACUGGCUGGAGCCGAGGGGCCGGCACCACGGCUCAUGUUGGAGUCAGUGUGUAUGGACGUGAGAGUCGCAUCGAGCACCGCCAUUUAGACAGCAGAGGAGCAUUCACGCGCAACGCCCUCGACAUCUUUCACAUCGCCACGGAUACUAACCUUGGCAGCGUUUGGAAAAUACGACUUUGGCAUGACAACAAGGGUCUGUCCCCAGCCUGGCUGCUACAGUACGUAUUGGUCAAAGACUUGCAGACAGGAAGCAGCUACUACUUCCUGGUUGAGGAGUGGCUGUCCGUCGACAAUGAGAAGACUGACGGACGGGUAGAGAUUGAAGUAGAGGCAUCAGAGGAGGCGGUGCUCCAUCAGCUUCCCCGCCGUCUGCGCUGUGAGCUGCAGAGGGCGCUGUGUGAGAGUCACCUGUGGCUAUCACUCUGGGAGAGACCCCCCCGCAGCCCCUUCACCCGCCUGCAGAGAGCCACAUGCUGCGCCGUGUUACUACAGCUCUUUAUUUUAGCCAACACACUGUGGUACAGCAUUGUGGUGGACAAGAGAUACAGCCCCCGGGCCGUGUCAAGGUUUGCUUCACUGGAUGGAGAGACGGUGGCAGCAGGCGUGGUGACCUGUCUGAUCGUCUACCCUCUCUACCUGCUCGUCUUCACACUCUUCAGAAUGAGCCGCAGCAAGUGCGUGUCUGUGGAGCAGGUGCCUUCACAAGUGGAUCAGGAAUCAAUGGAGAUUGAUGACUUCGGCUCCAUGGCUGGAAGCUCUUUCCUGUUUUUUAAUGGCGAGACAAACUCAGAAGAGACAAAUCUGGAUUUGCCCACUCCCUCAACCAAAAGCGGGGAGAGUUGGGGCAUGGCCGAGGAGGAGAUGGAGGACCGGGAUUGCCCAGAGCUGUUGAGUGAUGUGUCUGUGGUUGGAGGGGCGGGGCAUGGGGCGGGGCUGCCCAGGCUGAAGAGGGGUCAGGGCAGCAGGCACCUGGGUGUCGACAUGACCUUUAACCCUGACGACGACCAGGGAAUCAACCAGCGCAACAAGCACUUCACCUCAUCAGACGAGGAUCUGAUCAAACAUAUCCUGGCAGAUGGACAGAACUUCUUUCCUCAGGCAGAUGAGAGUGAGAUGGCUGACCUGUCUAGCAUUUUCGGAGAUAAGACAGAAGUGAUUCUCCUCCAGAAGCUGAAUGAGCCUCUUCCUUUAGAAUCUUUGAGAAGAGAUCCACCGAAAACUGCUUUCACCUCAAAUACAGUUGUGACAGACGUGUGUCGACCCAGACGGUUUCCUCCCUGGUGUGGACAAGCCGCCCUGUGGGGCAGCUGGAUGGGGCUCGCUCUGGCCAACGGCAUUUCAAUUUGGGCUGGUUACGGGUUCAGUCAAAACGUGUCCAUGAUGUGGCUCAUCUCCUGCUUCGCCAGUUUCCUGUGCUCAUGUCUGCUGUUGGAGCCAAUCAAGGUGUUGUGUGAGGCAGUUUACUACGCAGUGUGUGUGCACCGCCUGCGUCCAGAGGAACAGGAUGUGCUGGUGGAGUUCCCCCGGGUGGAGAGAGUGGUCCAGCGGGUCCCCAGGGUGAGACCCCCUCAGGGCUUCGCUCUGUCUCAGGCUCGACACCAGGCCCGCAAGGUCCACAUGCUGCACACCAUGCUGAAGAAUUUCCUGGUCUACAUGUUUUUCCUGUUGGUGGUUUUACUCCUCAACUACUCCGACUCAGCCAAAGACACACACAGCCUGAGACUGCGCACCCAGCUGCAGCACGCACUACACACACCUGAGUACCACAACAUCAGCAGUCGAGCUGAUGUUCUGGUGUGGCUGAAUGAGACACUGUUGCCACGGCUACUGGAUGAAUCUGCCCUCUUGAAGGAAACAGGAAGUGUGUUGCUCGGCACGCUGAGGCUUCGACAAACUCGUGACACGCUGGUUGCAGGGGGUUUCAGGGCAGGAGGCAGUAUUUGGGGAAGGGGCUGGGUUCCAUCUCCAACCAUAGACGCUGAGAAUUCCACUGCUUACCGUGCAUGGCAUUUGGGUCAGAUGUAUGACAGUGGAGACGAGGUCCACCAGCUGAAAAGAAGCCUGCAGGAGGCUUCAUCCUCCUUACAGCAGCUGCAGCAGCUUCAGUGGUUCGACUACAGGACCCGUGCUGUGUUUGUGGAGUUCUCGCUCUACAACAUCAACACAAACCUCCUGGCUGUCUUCUCCUUCCUGUUCGAGUUUCCAGUGUCUGAGCGUGCCCAGUCAAGCCUUGACCUCCUUGUCAUCAGUCUGUGGCCAAUCACAGGCCUUGACCUACAGCUCCUUCUCAUGAUUGUGCUUCUCGCCCUGGUGUUGUAUUUCCUGGUGCGGGGGGUCUUGGGCUUCCUCAGAGAAGGCUAUGUUUACUUGCUGUCAACCUGGAGACUCUUGGGCGUCUGCAAACUGGCUCUGGCAGCGUCUGUGUGCGGGCUGCACCUGAGCCGCUGCACCAUGGCCACGCAGCAGUGGGCGUCGUACCUGAAGCACCCCCGGGACGCCUUCACAGACUUCUACCCGCUGGCCCGAAAGAGCCAGACGUACACCAUCAUGUCCGCCCUGCUGCUGUUCAUACUGGUGCUCAAGGCAUCCCACCAGUUGCGGUUCCUCAGGGAGUGGGCCGUGUUUGGCAGAGCUCUGCGGCGCUCAGUCUGGGAGCUGCUGGGCGUAGCGCUGGCGUUACUGCUGUUGGUGCUGGCUUACUCACACACAGGACACCUGCUCCUCCACUCUGUGUAUGACGGCUACGGCAGUGUGAGCUCCGCCUGCCUGUCUUUGCUGGGCACCGGCGGACGCGGUCUGCUUUCAUGGCGUCCCAGCUGGGCGACUACAGGACCCUCUAGCAGCAUCUCUGCACUGGUGUUCCACGCCAGCUUCGCCGUGCUCCGGCUGGUGUUGCUGUGGUUGGUCACCGCCGUGUUACUGAGGAACUACCGGCGUGCACGAGCCGAGCUGUACCGCCCCGCUGUGGAUCUCCAAGACUACGAGAUGGUCGAGCUGUUUCUCAGAAGGCUCAAAAUGUGGAUGGGCCUCAGCAGGGCCAAGGAGUUUCGUCACAAGGUGCGUUUCGAGGGCAUGGAGCUGCCCCCCUCCCGUGCGUCCUCCACCAGCGACUGUAAGUCUCUCUGCCUCCCACCGCUGGACGGUCCAGACUCGCCUCCCACACCGGACAGUAUUGAUGCGGGCUCGGAGGCCUCGUGGCCCAGCUCCUCCAGCCCCUGCAGCCUGACGGAGGCACCAGGGAUCGGCCUGGGACUCGGGCUGGGCCUGGGUCUGGGGCUUGGACCAGGGGUUGAGAUGGGAAACACCAGCUGGCGCGAGAGAGCCGAGAGAGCCGAGACCGAAGCGUCUCUGCGGAGGCUCCUCCCCACCCUUGACACUCUGCUGCAACAGCUGGACCGCGUCACCAUGGCAACAGAGGAUCUGUACCACAUCGAGUGUAGACUGGAGCUAACCCAGAGGGAGAGGAGGCAGAGAGGGAGAGAGAGGGGAGGUCAGGGAGGGAAGAGCGAGGCGGGGCAGAGAGGAAAGGGCGAGGACUCUGCUGGGUGGAGAAAGAGCGGCAAGGAAAAACACAAAGGGAGCAAAAAGGGGAAAAAGAAGGAUAAAAGUGAACUUCUGAAGGACAGUGGAAACACCGCCACCAAAAAGACUCCAGUAGCUGCGCCUGCUCCCUUUCUAAAGCCCAGACCUUCCUCUGCCGCUGCACACACACCCGCUCCUCCAGCAUCAGCCAAAGCUUCCGUCAGUGCUCCUCCACCUACACCAGUCGCAGAUAAACCUGCCUCUGACACCUCCCCUCCACCUGUUUCUUCAGGAAUCACUCCCCCUUCUCAUAUCCCGCAGCCCAAAACCCCCUCUGCACCUCCAUGUACCCCUGCACCAACCCCUUCGAUGCCAUCCACCCCUGCUCCUACGCCCAGUAGAUUGGACUGGGAGCCACCUUCCUCCAGCCUGUUUAACCACCCGGCUCACACGACCACCAUUCCAACACGCAAGCGGAAACGUAAACCCCCACCCCUCAAAAACAAGGUGCACCCCAACCUAGACAGGCAGGGCCCUGGACACACCAAAACAUGAGGACUAUAGAAAGGAAAGUGGAAAGAUGUUGGGUUAAGGACGAGAGGAGGACGGGGGCAGCAGGUACUGUCCCCGAAGUGCCCCUCUCUAAACCCAGCAAGAGAGAACUGAGUGUAUUAGGAAGUAAAAGUGCAGAAAGAAACAAGAAGAAACACAGAGACAGCAGUUUUGGGGGGAUGAAAGAUGAACAGAAAGCAGUAAAAAGGCUUUGCAGGUUUAUAAGAAGCAAUCCGUCCAAAUCCCACUCUCAGAAGCAAGGUGCCGGGAACCAGAUGCUACCUGAGCUGGUUUAGUCAGUCAAACAAAACAUUGACACCAAGAAAUGCUCUUAUUCCUUAUUUCCCUGGACUAAAAAUGAUCCUAUGUGACCCUGGAGGUCACGUGGGGUCACUGACAGGAGUGCAUGAGCGUGCUCACCCAAGCAUUACAACAACGCCUUCCGACCUUUUGUCUCACGUUGAUUUCUCAGCUAUGUCGUCCGUCUACGUAUUUUUUUAUAUUGUAUAUUUCGGUCACCAUGGGUACUUGUGGCCUGUUUGAAAAUGUUUCAUGGACCCUUAAUUUGCAUGCAGGCACACACAGAUAUACGCACAUGCAGGUGUACACGUGCAUGGGAAUAACACUGUAGGCAUCCACCUUAGCCCCGCUGAGGUACAGGAAAAGAAACAUAUACACACAAACGCACGCACACAAAGGUGUUCCCAGCAGCCAGUUCUUCAGGGUGCAGGUAUAACCGUCCGAAGUAUGAAGAAAUGAAAAUAAAACAAAGAUGAAGGGAAACCACAAGUAUCGACUUGAAGGAAGUGUAGCACAGAGUAAGGAGCGUUAGAAUAAACAAAAGGAACAUUUAGUUCUCCCAUCAUAAAGCUAUACUGACUCCCAGUCUGAUUAUCUUUUGUGUUCAAUAUGGUUGUGAUAAAGCACUUUUUUUUUUAUUGUGGUCUUAAAUAAUAAGCUUGGUGUCUGAACCAAUAGAGAAAGCUUCCCUCAUACUGUAUCUAAACUAUAAACGUUGCCAAAGCUUAUGUAUGCAUUCCGAGUUUUACCAUGCCAAGUAACCUUUCGUUUUGUACCUAGCACUUUAUUUCCUAACAGAGCUGAUAUCCAAUGCCAUAUUUAACUCUCAUGUUGUCAUUAACACAUUAUAAUAACAUCCUAGUAAGUAUUAUCAAGAUGUUAAAGCCACAGCUAGACUUUUUAUGUGUGUGUACUUUUGUGUGCUCUGUUUUUAUUGUGUUUUAUGAACAUGUAUGCGUACUUCCUGUGUCCAGGGGGCAGAUCUCAGGGAAUCCACCCUUUUGCCCCUUGACCUGGACAGACAACAGGAAAACCAAAACUGGGUGUAACAUAGGUGACUUUAUCUUCCUUCUCCCAGCCUAAAAUUGGUAGCUAUGUGUGAACGCCCUUAUUUUCAUGGGUUUUUUAAGAAUUUGAGAAAUGGAACCGUCCCCAGCUUUAUUAAUCCCUAAAUAAUUUACUUUUUAAACAUUAUCUCGACUUUUUCCUGCCCAAGAAGUCUCACACAGUUCAGACUUGUGAAAAAAGACCCGUCUUCCUCCCUGCGUGUACAUUUCUGUAUAUAUUGGUGCUUCGUGGUGUAUAUAUUUUUGCUUUUCAUUAUCAGUAUUGUUAAUGUGCUGCAGUGGCAUAUGCAUUAGGUCAAGCACUGGUGUUGCAAACCCCAAAGUUUUACAUUUCUCCAACCUAACAGAAAGCACUACAGCCAAAGCUAAAAAAUGUCUGUAAUAUGAAUAUGUGUUCACAGUAUUCUAACUAUAAACACCAGGAAGCGCAGCAGCUCCUCGCCUCCACUGGCUUUCUUAUUCCUGCUCUGUGUGUAACAAGUAAGUGCCAAAGCCCGCCUUCAUGUCUUGUGUGUCUUUGUGUGGUACGAUGCAUUUUGUCUUAAAACGGUGUCACAAAUCAGUUUGAAAACAUUUGUCUAUUCUUUGUAUCUCAUGUCUGUAUUUUGCAGUUGUAGCACUUCUCCUGCUUUUGCACUUGACAAAGUCGAAUAAAGAGUUUGACAGCUAA